AUGGCGGGCGCUCGGGCCGGAGCUCCUGCCCCAGCUCCGUUCUUGCAACGAGGGUCUGGAAAGUUGGGACCACUCUGUGGUCCCUCAGACAUCCGAGUUGCAUUGGUUUCUACCUUGCGAGACGUCGAGGAUCAAUUCCUCCAGUGGCUCGAAUGGUUCCGACUCAUUGGGUUUGCGCACCUUUUUCUCUACUUCGACGAUCCGGAUCAGGAUGAGGCGGCCAUUGCUGCAGCUCGCUCGACCUACUCGGGAGAGUUUGUGUCCUUUGCCUUGAACUCGCCGGAGCUCCGGAAGGAGUGGAUGUCCUUGAGGAGCUGGGAGAAGUUUUCGCCCUUCACGGAUGAUCGGAUGUGCAGGCAGCUUCUGAACAUUGCGCAUGCCUUGAAGCGAGCUCGAGAACCAGAUGAGGCGGUGGAUUGGAUGUUCCACUUGGACCAUGACGAGCUCUUCCUACCGCCACCGCACGGGCUGCAGGCUCAUUUCCAGCACUUGGAAGCUGGGAACUGCCGCUUGUGUCUUUACCAGAACUUUGAGGCAGCACCACAAAGCCACACCUUGACACCUUUCCUGGACGUGAGCUACUUCAAGGUCCCCAGUGGUCGAGUGAGCAAGACACCGUUGGGCGCAGCUGGAAUGGAGUUUUGGGCCCAACGCACGAAGGCCCACAACUACUUCCUCUACUAUGACAAUGGCAAAAGUGCCGUGAAGAUCCCGGCGCAAGGCUCUGAAGAUAUCGCACCCACCUCUGUUCAUGUGCUUUACCCACCCAACAACUUCAAGGAAUUCAUUGUGGGGAACAUGGGUUGGACCACCUUCGCCGAGCACGAGUUGUCUGCUGGGGUCCUCAGAUUGUGCACUUGCAACUUGGUUUUUAUUCGGGAAGGUUGCCCAGCAAAAUCCACCAAGUGA